CAUCCACCCAUCUCAAUAGACUCAAAAAAUGUCUGACAGAAGACACUACCGCACAGAUUUGAACAAUCUCUGCAUCCAGGCUGGAUGGGCUUUACGUUUCGACGACAACUUUACUGGUCCCCAGAACAAUGGUACGUGGACCUCAACUGCGUACGUCAAUGAUGUCUCUUGCGGUCAGGGAAGCGCAAGAGACGUUCGCACCGCUAGGGAAGAGGCCUCGUACCAUGCUCUUGUUUAUUUCGGUCGCGCUUGAUUUGCUUCGGUUCCGCGACG